CUCAAACCCUAAUUAAAAUCUGCAAAGCUAGUGUUCUUGACAAAGAAUUAAAUCCCAUUUCAUAAUAUAUAAAAUGGGAAUCAAACUCAGCCGUGAUCAUUCAACUUCAGCAAUCCACGACAACAAUCACCACCAAGAUCUUGAAGACCAGAAGAUGAAGACGAAGAUUGGUGACGGUACGACUCAAAAUCAAUCAAUCAACUUCAAGAUUCCACUUCAUUAUCCAAAGUAUACAAAGAGUGAUUAUGAGAAAAUGCCAGAGUGGCAAUUGGCUCAGAUUUUGAGAGAGUAUGGCUUGCAGAUCAUCGGAGACUCCAACGAGAAGAGGAAGUUUGUCAUCGGGGCUUUUCUCUGGUCGCCGGAGAAGGAUCACCAGAUGUUAUGAUCCUGCAUAUUGUCCUUAGUAUAUAUUGUUUUACGGGGAAAUUUUAUGUUUACCACUUUAGUGAUACCGCUUUUCAUCUUUACCACCACAC